AUGCCAUGCUGGCCUUCAAACACAGAAUGGGCCUCCCUCAAUGAAACUAUCUCAGGUCGUCUGAUAAAGACGAUCCCUGUGGCAUCAGUUUGCUAUCGAUCUGAGCCCAAUUUCAAUGCUGAAACAUGUCAAUCUGUUCGCUCCGAUUGGGCUACAUGGCCUUUCCAUUCGGCGGAUCCUACAAGUGUUGGCAACCCUUCUUUGGAUAAUGACUGCAGCCCUAUUUAUGCCAAUGGAACCAGCGUCUCUGGCAACCCGCAUGCGGGAAAGCAAGGCUGUUCUCUUGGUGUUUACCCUCCAUACGUCGUCAACGCGACAGGGGCGGAGGAUGUGCAAACUGCAGUGAUUUUCGCAAAGAAAUGGCAUUUGCGAUUGAAUAUAAAGAACACGGGACACGGCGCUGAAAGAAGAAUUUGGACACAUAACAUGAAGGACAUACAGUAUCACGAGAAGUUCACGCCACAGUCCUGCCCGAGCAACAAGACAGGUAUGGCAGCUACUUUGGGUGCUGGUGUGCAAGAUGGCGAAUUGUACGCAGCGAUGGCGGAGCACAACGCCAUUGCAGUCGGUGGGGAAAACAAUGAUGUUGGAGUCGUUGGGUGGGCUACCGGGGGCGGCCAUGGUCUCGCAACUGGUGUGUACGGUAUGGGCGCCGAUAACAUUAUCGAGGCUGUCAUCGUUACAGCAGGCGGUGACGUUCUGACUGCGAAUGCUUGCCAAAAUGAAGAUAUCUUCUGGGCGGUUCGUGGCGGGGGUGGAGGCACGUUCGGAAUCAUCAUCAGUGUCACAGUCAAUGCGUAUAAGAUGCCUUCAUUCGCAUUGAUAGGGAUCGACGUAUCGCCCAAGAAUGGCACAUCUGCGGAAGAUUGGUACAGGCUAGUCGCACUGAUACAUAGUGAAUUUCCCCGGUUGCAAAAUGCCGGGGUCCACGGCUAUUAUACUAUGUCCGGCGCACCUAUGGCGUUCAAUGUUGCUUUGCUGGAGUACAACACAAUGAACAACACAUCUGAGGCAAAUCUGAUGCCUAUCCGGGAGAUACUAGAGGCAGCGGACGCGACCGUUAGCUUCAACAUCAACAAGACAUGGGCAGCGUCGUGGUACGACCUUAUAAAAGACAUGCCUUUGUACGGAAGCACGGGGACAAGGCACAGCACUCGGGCAUCAAGAUUCGUCCCAAAGCGAGCUGUGCAAGAUACGGAGUUGCUAGCGAAGACACUCGAGGCAAUCGCGGCUCCAGAUUUACACUCACCGAAAGGGGUUUCAAAUCCAUCCAUAUCCGGUACCAUGACUGGCAGCAAAAGGACAGUCGACAAUGCUUUGAACCCAGCCUGGCGCGAGUCAGUUGUUCAUCUCAUCACAACCCAAAGUUGGGACGAUACACUUUCUCAUGCCUCAGCAACGAAGGCCAUCCACGACAUGACGUUCAAGAGAGGAUAUGCUUUGCGAGAGCUAGCACCUGAUACAGGUGCCUACUUCAAUGAGUUCACAUUCAACGUACUUAUUGACUUUGGACAGGCAAACCAAUACGAACCUAACUGGCAGUGGUCUUUCUGGGGACCCAAUUAUCCACGACUCCACUCUAUCAAACAGAAGUAUGACCCUGAUGGGCUUUUUUGGUGUCACAAGUGUGUGGGCAGUGAAGCUUGGAGCGAAAGAAAAAAUGGUACACUUUGUCGUGCAUUCCAGGGGGAGUAA